CACUGCCGGAGGAGCAGAUUAUGAAGCGGAGCUCGACCAGCGGCAGUCUCCUCUCACUGUCUCCAUGGCUGCACACGCGCUCCUCCUCUGCUCCCUCGCCUUGCUGUCCGCUCUCAGCCGGCCCGGCCUCUCCUUCUCUGACGAGGAGCUGCAGCCGGGACUCAUCUAUGAAGAAGUGCCUGAAAUCCUGGACAGGAGCAAAGAGAAUUCCAAACAAGCAACAAGAGUCACAUCAAGUCAAGAUGGUGGUUACGGCUUAGAAAGUGAAGAGGUUGUUUUGUCGCCCGAAGAUGAAAACCCCCUCAGGAGAAUACUGCAGCCUUUUAACUGGCACCAGCCUGGGAUGUCUCACAGUAAGAGGAAGCUGCUUCAGUCUCUGAUGGGACCCUAUGGCCCUCUGAGUGUGUCUUACAAUGGAAAGACCUGUAUUCUAUUUAAGGCAAAGCGCCUGGCAAUCCGCUACAGAAACCAUACCUUUAUUGAUCUGACCGAGAGGGUCUUUAACACCAACUCACCCGUGGACACUAAAGGUUCCAUCUGCACCAAGGAAAAAGCCACGCUUUCAUUGAGGUUUGGUGACGUGGAGGAUUUGCGAGGUCUAGUAAUCAGACUUCAAAUGUCCAACACGUUUUAUGAGGCAGCCGGUCAAAACUGGUUCACACUAGACAGCGUUCACAUCCACUACAACUGGACCCAGGAGGCCACGUUCAACGCCAGCGAGGUCUACGCUCCUGCCACUUCAUCCUACCAUUGCCAGCACGUCAGCAGCCUGCACAAAUAUGACACCCUGCUAGUGCCCAGCUCCCACACUGACACAUCCGCAAACUGGCACAUCACUUUCACUGAUUUCCAGAUCCAGGCCUUCAAUGUGCAGUCGGACAAGUUUGCGUCAGCCAGUGACUGUGCCACUUUCCUGACGCCAGCCAUCCUGAUGGGCUUGGUGACGUCAUUGAUCCUGCUCCUUGUUCUAGCCUAUGCCCUGCACAUGGUGGUACACCUCAAGCACAUCGACCGCUAUGAGGAACACAAAGCGACAGUCUACUUUCCCCGUAGUCCAGAGGCAGAGUUGCCAGACAAGAACAGCCUGUGAAGAAGAAUAAGACGAGCUGGAUGAAGAAAGGGGAGGAGAGGGAGAGAAAAAAGCUGAGGGGCUGAGGAGCAAGUGAAUACAAGAGUGAAAAAGUAUCCUCCACUGAAAUUUUGUUAAACAAAAUUACAAAACAAAACUUUGCCUGUUCCUUUAAAAACCUUGUCAGUCUUAAAUACUUUAAGUAAAUGCAGACCGUGGUUGGAUACUUUUUCUUCUUUCCUCAUUGACCUGCAUCUUGGCAUCCAUAUUUAAAAAAAGGCCUUUGGAUGUUCAAGCCUCUCCCUGAGAGAUGGAUCCUGAUCCUAAUGUCAAAGGUCACGGACAGCCCCAGGACCCUGAAGGGCAAAGACGCAUACAGGCCUUUACCCCAGCCAGCCAUUAAAACCACAACAGACUAGCAACUGUAGCUAAUACAGCUAACACCAGAUGCUCCUGAUUAAGUGUAUGUAUUACAUGGCUCUCAAGUGUCACAUUACAAGCUUUCAUCACACACAUUGACCUUCCAGCUUUCAUUACAGUGUAUUUUGUUGAAUACUGCUGCAAGAAAUAUAUACUUCAAACAGCCAGUUUUAUAGCUAAAAUAGCCGUAUCAGCUGCAUGCCAUAAAUUGCUGGUCUAUCUGGGCUAGUGCAGUGUUUCCUAAUGAUAAGGAUUUCAGAGAGCCUUGCAUGAGUUGCAGUUUAAAAUGAUCAAACACAAAGCAGAAGGAGCUUGAAAAGCUUUUGAGUGUAAGCCAACGGAAAAUAUCGGGAACCACUGAUCUAGCAUCUGGCUGGAGUGAAUGGACAAGCACUACUGACCCUUCAGAGCCUCUGGCGUCUCUCACCUCACCCUCGAACACGACUGCUCGCUUGGGACUUAACUGUGAAAACGGCCUUUUACAGACCAGCCAGACAAAGGGGGUUCUAUAAACUAGCACAACAAUUGGUUAGCUGCGAAAAGCACUAACAAACUAUCAAAGACUAUACAAGGAACUAUGCUGCACAAGAUGGCCUGUCUGAGGGCAUGGCAGGAACGCGGGUCUUGGGAAUGACUUGACUCUCUAAGAGUCGAGCGUUUGAACAAGGGAGGCCAUGGAUCCUCCAUCCAUCCACACCACUGGAUUUGACUGCCAAAGUGAAGCUACAAAGGAGUUGCCAUAAAAUAUGGUGAGUGACAGUGAGACAAUGUGAAAAUGAAAGCUAUCCAUUACAGCUAUGUACAAAACAAAAAACACAUACGUGUACAGAAAUGUCAUUCUGCUGAGGUCUUUUUUUUAUAUACAAUGUAACCAUGAACUACUAUUAGGUACAGGAUGACUAUGCUAAUCCUCAUAACCAAAAGGAUAAACAAGCUGUAGAUACAUAAGAUCUCUAUACGAUCAUAGCUGUUUUACUAUCUUCAAAUAUUGCACAACUAAUAAACAUAGGUACAAGUAAGACAUUGUGCUAUGAGGAUUGGUGAGCAUAUCAAUGCAUAUGAUUUUUUUCUACAAAGUAUGAACAUAUUACACUGUUUGAUUUGUUAUUUUACGCUGGGCCAGACAAUGCAAGGUCCGAGUUUCAUCCCACUGUAAAUUACAGAACAAAUUCCUAACAUAGAAGGACGAUACCAUGGAAUGCCGUCUGUCCGUCCACCCACUGGAACUCAUAGAUGCCAUUAUUUUGCCAGAAGCCACACUAGCAGCCGUAACAGCAUCAGUUAGUCAUUACUACUGAUAAAAACACUCAGCAUGACAGUAAAUAGAUAUCUUAACAUUCGAUAUGGCAGUUCUGUCAAUCUGUAGCAGUGUGAAAUGUGUUCUUUGGUCAUAAAUGUAUCCUACAAAGUAUGAAAUAAGUGGUGGCGGUUUGUCCAAGGACCAACUGAUGUAGAUUGAACAAUAAAUGAUAUUC